AUGUUUGUAAAAUGCCUACAGGAUGAUUUGACGAAGCUUCGUUUUAAAAUUUGUAACCAAAACGCAUCUACUACUGAUAUUCUUUCACCAUUCAAAGAAAUUCUAAGUCAACCUACAUCAACAGAUGCAAUGACUCUCAUUGCUGUUAUAUCCAUCAUGGUUUUCCUCGAAAAUAAAUUAAUUCAUGAUGAAAUCGAUUUUAAUUCUCUUAUUCAAGCAUUAUGCAAUUGUCAAUACCAACUUACAUCAGAAAUAGAAAGUCUCAAUCUAUCUGUUCAAAUACUUCGUUGUUUUUGUUUGAUAAUUCAAAGUGAAAACCUUCAGUUUAUUACAAUUGAUUCAAUUGAGUCAAUAUUUCAUUACUGUGAACAAGACAUUCGCCAAUUAUCACAAAGAAACGUCCAUUCUUCAAUUCUUUCCGAUUUAUUUUGCCAAGUCUCAUAUAUAAUAAGCGAAGAUUCACGAUAUACAAGUAUUAGAGAAAACGUUUUUAGAACGCUUUUUUCGAUUGCAGAUCUUUCUUACAUAGAUAGCGGUUCUUACGCCAGAGGAGCAGCUUUGAGAGCACUUUUACGAUGUUCCAAAGCAGAUUCAGUUAAUAAUUCAACAGAUAUGAUAUGUAUUACGUCGGUUUUACUUACACAGCAAUUAGAUUUUUCAGAUAGCAGAGAUAACUUAGUAAUGUCAUUAAGAUUGUUUUACUCAGUAUUUAGACGUCAAUGGAGGACAAAACUCGUUCCUUUUACAAGAUUAUUAAAUUCAUUAUUAGAUAUAUGCAUUUCUAAUGUUCCAUCAAGCAUAAAAGCCAUUAUAUUCGAGGUUAUAAUAGAUUUCAUUACAGAAGACAACUUCUUCCUUGAGUUCUUUUCGGAAUUUUACGAAAGACCGUUUUUCCCUUUAAUUUUUGAGAAAUUCUUAACAGUUAUAUCAAUGUUUGCCAACGUACCACCUUCAGUUCCUGAUGUACAUUUCUCUGCUGUCAAUAUUUUGUCAAUAAUUAUUUCAAAUAUCAAAAAAUAUGCUGAAAAAGACUUUAUUAUGAACAAAACAGACUCAUCAAAUAAUAAAUGGGAAAAGGAAGCAGAAUUACUAGAAAAAUUAACUUCUUUCUCUAAAAAAUUUCAAGAAGAUCCAAAAUUUUUACAAGAUUCACAAAUUUCUCCACCAGAAGCAGCAUUUUGUCUUGCAGUUGCACCAGGAAUACAGAAACAAGCAAUUGGAGAGCUAUUCUCUAAAAAUACUCCAUUUUCUAAUGACACAAUGACAGAAUUCAUAAAAUUAUUUGAUUUUUCAUCGUUGGACUUCGAUGAAUCCAUCAGAUUAUUCCUUACAUCAUUCAGGAUACUGGGAGAAGGUCAAGUUGUUGAUCGAAAUCUAGAGUAUUUCUCAAAAAUUUUUUACGAAUCUCAUAAAAAUGACAAAAAUUUCAAAAAUGUCGAAGCUGUUCAUAUUUUGAGUUAUGGAUGGUUGAUGUUGCACACUUCUCUCUAUAACCAGAAUGUUACUAAAAAGAACACAUUACCAGAGUUCUUCACAAUGUUGAAAGGACAAAAUGAUGGAGAUGAUUUUGAUUCACAGUUUUUGACAAAAAUUUACAACUCUGUAAAAAGACACGAAGUAGAAAUUGGCGAUGAUACUAACAGGACAAUUGCUUCUUGGAACUUAUUACUACAGAAACAGAGAAUUUUGGAAUUAAAAUAUUCCCAAAUUGAUGAACUACAAAACAAAGAAAAUUCUCAACUCCAAAAUAAAUUUUCUUUACAAAAUGAUGACAAAAAUGACACUUUACAAAAUGAUACAUUUCAGAAAUCUCUCCGUUCUGAAACUACCAAAAAUGACUUACAAAAUAACUCAAGUUCACCAAUUAAAAAUGAUGAAAAAGAUUUAGAAAAUAAAAGUGACAAUUUACAAAUUACAAAAAGUGACAGUUUACAAAAUAAUUAUAAUGAUGAGAAAGAUUAUAUUGAUUUGGAGAAGUUGUUUAGACAAAUUUGGAAAAUUGCAGCACCAAUAUUUUCCAUUCUUUAUGAAAAAUCUCCUGAUUCCAUUGAUAUUAUUUCCUCUUCAUUUUUAGAUUGUAGUUACAUUUCAUCGAAAUACCAGUUACAUGAUAUAUUAGAUAAUAUUGUUGUUUCUCUCUGCAAAUUCACUGGUUAUGAAAACAAAUCAUCACUGUCAGAAAUAACCGCAAAAAGUGCUCUAAAAACUUUGUCAUCAUUAGUUUCACAGUUUGGAGACCAAAUAAAUGAAGGAUGGAAGUCUUUUUGCGAAGUUUUAUUAAGUCUUUUUAGAUUAAAUUUGUUACCUGAUGAAUUCUGUCAACAGCCAAUUAUUAUUGGACAACCAAACAUGGUAACAAUUUCUCCAAAUUUGUUUUCAUCGAAUUCAAACAUCAAAAAUAAUUUUUCGUCAAGUUUUCUCUCGAUUUUCAAAAUUUAUGAGAAAAAUGACACAUUUUUAGAGAAUGAUAACUCAAACACAUCAUUGAUGAAUGACUUGAAAGACUUCAUAAGUAACUGCAAAUUUGAUUCUUUAGUUAAUUUGUCAAUUACUUUUUCAAGUCAAUCAUUAAAUUAUUUGAUUCAAUCUUUAUCUCUUUUAGCUAAAGAAACAAUGACGAAACAGAUUUUCUCAGACAGUUUGUUUUGUUUACAUUUGAUAUCACAGAUAAUCAUUACAAACUGUGAUAGAGUUUUAGUUUUGUGGCCAUUUUUGCAUCAGUUAUUCAUUUCCAUUUUUAAUGACAGUUUUGUUCAGAAGAAUUCUGUAUUUUUAGAAAGAAUUUCAACAAUUUUGUUCUUGACAAUUAAUCAUUUAUGGCCACAGAUAAAGAUCAGACAAGAUUUGAUCAAGUUAACAGAUAUUUUAGUUGUUUUAGACAACAAACAACUAAAUCCAUUAUUACUUUCCGGAUUUAAAGAGUUUUUGAACUUGUUCUUGGAUUCUUACAUAGAAAUGCAUCAAUUCAAGUCAUUGAACCAGUUGCUGUAUAAUUCUAUACAAGUUCAGAAUCCUUCUUCUUCUCAGAUUUUGCAUACUUUUAUUUCUGGAGUAAUUUCUGAUUCAAAAGCCCCAUCUUUAGAUAGAUUUGCUGAAUAUUGGAUGCCAUUAGUACAAACAAAUGUUAUUUAUUGUUUGAGAAAUCCAAAUUCUGAUUUUAACAAUUUUAAUGAUUUACAAAGUUUAGUUAAUUUCGGAGGGAAUUCACCAACAAAUUUACAGUGGGAGUUUGUUUUUGAAUCAACAUUAUUCCCUGCUUUGGAAGUGUUACCAAAUGAAAUAAGUAUUCAAUGGAAUACAGGAACAAUUGGAGCGAGAUCUCUUCUACUUACAAAAUGCAUAUUUAAAGUGUUCUUGAUUAGUUAUAAAGAGAUGCUUGAUUUACCUAGUUUUGAACAACUUUGGUUUAAAUUUGUACAAUUAUCACUAAAUGUAAUGAAAGUUGGUGAUUCUGACUUGAAAGCAUCUAUUCCACAAUUACUUACUAAUGCAUUGAUUGUUAUGAAGUCAUCAGGAGUUUUUGAAGGAGAAAAUCGCACAAAAAUGUGGAAUGAUUCAAAGGAACUUUUAGAACCAGUUGCGCCUUAUUUCAGCCAACUCUGCAAAGAUUUAUAA